UAUGUCACUCAUUUCCUUCUCUUCCUCUUCUCCUCGGUAUGUGCAGUUUCAUUUCUGCUUGAGAUCUCCCCCUGCCUCUCAAACCUUCCCCUUUUGCUGGUGUAUCUGGGUUGCCGAUUGAACUAGUUUAUCAAAAGCUUUCUGGCUGAUGGCAUCAUUACUCCUGUUUAAUUGAUGCUGUGUUACAGAGACAAGCUGCUUCCUCAACUCAGUGGAACAGCUGAAAAAAAAAGAAGAAAUCUGCGAAAGUAGAACGAGAAUCGAGAGGCUUUGGAUGCCACCAGACACUGAGUUGACCCAGCAGAAUCCAGCCAAGAUCCAACAGUGAAAAUGGCAACCGCAUCUGAGCCCCACCUCGGCAUAUCCUGCUGCUCCUCCCUACUCCUCCUCAUGCUCUCCUUUCUUAUGCUGCUGUCAUGCCCUGAGUCAGUUGGAGCAGGUUCCGCAGAUGCAAACUGUUCAGCUAGUGGAGACCCCUGCCAGGAAGGCGUGGUCCUGCCUGUGUGGAAUCCUCAGAAUCCGUCUGUGGGCGACAAAGUGGCGCGCGCCAUCGUUUACUUUGUGGCUCUCAUAUACAUGUUUCUGGGCAUGAGCAUCAUAGCUGACCGAUUCAUGUCUUCAAUUGAGGUCAUAACAUCCCAGGAGAAGGAGAUCACCAUCAAGAAGUCUAACGGCGAGACGACAACGGCCACAGUCAGAAUCUGGAAUGAAACUGUUUCUAAUCUCACUCUGAUGGCUUUGGGUUCCAGCGCUCCAGAGAUACUGCUGUCCGUAAUUGAGGUCUGUGGACACGGUUUCGAGGCCGGUUCUCUGGGUCCCAGCACCAUCGUCGGGAGCGCCGCCUUCAACAUGUUUAUCAUCAUUGCCUUGUGCGUUUACGUGGUUCCCGACGGAGAGACACGCAAAAUAAAACACUUGCGUGUGUUUUUCGUCACGGCAGCUUGGAGCAUCUUUGCCUACAUUUGGCUUUACCUGAUUCUGAGCGUCUUUUCCCCCGGAGAGGUGGAGGUUUGGGAGGCGGUGCUGACCUUCUUCUUCUUCCCCCUCUGCGUGGUCCAGGCCUGGGUGGCUGACAGGCGCCUGCUCUUCUAUAAAUACGUCCGUAAACGCUACCGUGCUGACAAGCACCGGGGCAUCAUCAUAGAGACGGAAGGCGGCGCCGACGUCGGGAUUAUGGGCAUAGAUGGAGGCGGGGGGUCGCUGGGUCCAGGGGGCUUCACCAAGAUGGACAUGCUGGAGCUGGACGGGCAGCUGAACUGCCACAGUGGGAUCGAUGGAGGCUUGAUGGUUGAAGGGGGAGCGAAGGAUGAUGAAGAUGAAGCCAGGAGGGACAUGGCCAGGACGCUGAAGGAGCUCAAGCAGAGGCACCCGGAUAAAGACAUGGAGCAGCUGAUUGAGAUGGCGAAUUAUCAGGUCCUGAUGCAGCAGCAGAAGAGUCGUGCAUUCUACCGUAUCCAGGCAACAAGGAUGAUGAUCGGGGCAGGCAACAUCCUGAAGAAGCACGCCGCUGACCAGGCUCGCAAAGUGGUGAGCAGCAACGAGGGUCAGGCGCAGGAGGACGACCCCCACACCAUCAGGAUGGAGUUCGAACCCGCCUUGUACCAGUGCUUUGAAAACUGCGGCUCCUUGAAGCUGACUGUCGCCAGACGUGGAGGAGACGCUGGAGUCACGGUCAAGGUGGAUUACCGCACUGAAGACGGUACCGCUAACGCAGGCUCCGAUUACGAGUUUGCUGAAGGAACGCUGCUGUUCAAGCCAGGAGAGACCCUAAAAGAGAUCACAGUUGGUGUGAUUGAUGAUGACAUCUUUGAGGAGGAUGAGUACUUCUAUGUGCACCUCAGCAACCCUCGCGUAGUGGGUCAUCCUGAGGUGGGCGCCGCCCCUACCGAUGCCAGCGCCACUCCAAAAGCCGUGCUGGGAGACAACCACACCGCCACUGUGACCAUCUAUGACGACGAUCAUGCAGGAAUCUUUACCUUCGAGAGCGAGAGUCACAGGGUGAGCGAGAGCGUUGGUGUGAUGGAGGUGAAGGUGCUAAGGACUUCGGGGGCUCGGGGCCUCGUAGCUGUCCCCUACCGAACCCUGGACGGCACAGCCAAGGGAGGGGAGGACUAUGAACUGGCUGCUGGCAAGCUGGAGUUUCAAAAUGAUGAGACCAUGAAAAUAAUCGAAGUGAAGAUUAUUGAUGACGAAGAGUAUGAGAAGAACAAGGCCUUCACCAUUGAGCUGGGGGAGCCCGUUCUGCUGGAAAUCGGACAGAAACACGGUGACUCCAACGAGAACAAGCCGUUGGUCGGAGCAGAAGAGGAGGAGGUGGCCAAGAUGGGCUGUCCCAGUCUGGGCGAACACAAGCAGCUGGAGGUCAUCAUAGAGGAGUCGUAUGAGUUCAAGAAAGCUGUGAAUAUGCUUCUAAGUCGGACUAAACAGAGUACAGUGGAUAAGUUGAUCAAAAAGACGAACCUGGCUUUGGUGGUUGGAAGCAGCAGCUGGAGGGAGCAGUUUGUCAACGCUGUUACUGUUAGUGCAGGAGACGACGAUGAGGAGGAGAGUGGAGAGGAGCGACUGCCUUCCUGCUUUGACUACAUUAUGCACUUCCUCACCGUCUUCUGGAAGGUCCUGUUCGCCUUCGUUCCACCCACGGAGUACUGGAACGGCUGGGCCUGCUUCAUCGUCUCCAUCUCGCUGAUUGGCGUGCUCACUGCGGUCACUGGCGACUUGGCGUCGCACUUUGGCUGCACGAUAGGACUGAAGGACUCGGUGACAGCUGUGGUGUUUGUGGCGCUGGGUACAUCGGUGCCAGACACCUUUGCUAGCAAAGUUGCCGCCAUCCAGGACCAAUACGCAGACGCCUCCAUCGGCAACGUGACUGGCUCCAAUGCUGUCAACGUCUUCCUGGGGAUCGGCGUGGCGUGGACCAUUGCCGCCGUCGCCUGGCGCUCCAAGGGGAAGCCGUUCAUGGUGGACCCGGGAAACCUGGCCUUCUCCGUCACCCUCUUCACCAUCUUGGCCGUGGUGUGCGUCAGCACGCUGCUGUACCGGAGGCGGGCGAGCGUGGCCGGCGGCGAGCUGGGCGGGCCGCGGACUUGCAAGUUGAUAACGUCACUGCUGUUCAUCUCGCUGUGGCUGAUUUACAUCCUGCUGGCUUCACUGGAAGCCUACUGUCAUUUACAAGUGUUUUAAACAAAGAAACCUGAACACGCGCACACACACAAAAAGGGAGGGGGCGGAGUCACACGGGAAGCUGAGCUGGACUGACACCUUCUUCAGGGUUAAACCUUUGUCCGAAACCCGUUCUUUCUCCUUUUUAUCAGCUCGUGUCCUAAACCUAUUAAGUCAACAAGGGGAGUCUCUUCUGGUUGAUCUACAAAAGACGCCAACAAAACUGUCAAACUUCCCAGAAAUGUUCAAAUCUCAAAAGUCCCAAACUGAGAUUUCAUUGAUUCAACACAGUUUCCGUCCAGGCUGAUUUUGUUCCAGUUUACUGCCGAACAAGCUGCUGAGACAACAAUCACAAAAAGGAAAAUAAAGGGAAGUUGAUGUAAAAGACGAGGAAAAGGGGACUCCAAUCAUCCCGAGGAAAGAGGAGCUGAGAAAUCUUCGUAUCUUAACACGGUUGUCACAGUAACCGAGGAUCCACCUGUCAGAACCAACAGUGACUUUCAGAACGUCUUAAUCUGGAUUUAGUUCUGCCGGAGCUUCAGGUGGUCCUGCACCCGGAUAACAGCUGUCCAUCGUCCUACCUUUCCUUCCGCUGUCACUGUGGAAAAUCCUUCCCAACUCGAUCUGAACCCAACGCCUCACUCGUCUGUGCAAAAUUGUUUGGUAAUUGGUGAACGUUGUUGGAAGCCGAGUUCUUUUGGAUCGAUCCAGCCCCCCCCCCCAUUCACUUAUUUUCUAAUUUUUCUCAAUGGCGUCACGUGUUGAUGUUGUUACAGUGCAAAUGUUGAAGCAGCAACACAGAGAGAUGUGUUUGUCACUGUGGUGAAACAGGGAGGGAGGUCUAGCCCGGAAAAGGACUUGGUUUUGGGACAUGGAAAAUCACCGACCCCUCCGUUUUGUUUUUUUUUCUUUUUUUUUUUCCGCGAGGUCUCCGUUUACAGUGUAGAACCUGCAACAGACUCACCCGCCGAAAACGAUGAAGGACCAACGGAGGAUCAAAGCCGACUGUGACCGUGGCAACAACUGUGAAUGCGAUCAAAACCACCACCAUUCUUAGUGUUUUUCAGCUGUACAUACUCAUCUAAGAGUCUUUUAUUGAUGUGUGUGUUUCAUCCAUGUGAAGUCUUUGUAAGAACUCUAGAAAUGAAAAACUGAGGAGAAAAUAAGUGGCACCUCUAAAAAAAAAAAAAAAGGAACUGUUCUGCAUCAUUUCGUCUCUUGGUCCUGGAAGUGACCAAAACGUUCUGCUCCUCAGAGAUUUGACCGGUUUUAAUCGUCAACAUGAAUCCAGACGUUUCUUGUUUUAAUGAUCUACAGUAACACUAAACCCUUUCUAAUUGAAACAAUGAUUUCUAAUAUCAUCAGUGCUUUUUUUCCCUGUAAUAUCUGUUGUUCCAGGCGUGGUGAGAGCAUGUGAAAAGGAGGCCGCACUUUUAUAUUAUGUCCAGUCAGCUGUUCUUAAUGUCUGGGAGUGGUCCAGCUUUGCGUUAGGACCUCUGCGGAGGCCAGAGGCCGGACAGACGGGCCGCCAUACGGCCUGUCAGCGCAGAUGAUUACUCAACGCUUCUCCUCCUGUUCACAGCUGGACGGGAAAAACUCAACCCUGAAAUAUUGCAUCCUUUUUUUACCUGUUCUUUUCAAGAUUCAGAGAAAUUAGCUGCCAUUGUCGUCCCUAAAUGCAAACUUUGCAUAGACUGACCGGAUGAGUGACAGGAAGUGUUUCAGACACUGCUUCACAAGCAAAUCCACAUUUACUCAAAAUUUAAAUAGUCAUACUUUUACUCAAGAAAUAAAACAUUUAAUUAAAAAUAAUUUUCUUGCAUUUGAGAUAAGUUAAUAUUUAAUAUUUUUGUCAUUUAUUUUGUGCGGAAAAAUCUUAAUAUGUUUGACUUUCAGAUGUGUUCAGGAUCUUAUGAUUGACAGAUGAAAAUCAAUUUUUAUCUUUAGGAAGACCUUACGGUUCAUGCUCCAACCAAAAGGCAACCAGCUAACGAAACUCUUAUUUUAACAACUGGCCAGAACUGCAUAAGGUCAAAGGUCAGGAUUAUUCUCUGCCUGUUUUUGGGAAGGCCUGCUGUUGCCCGGUGGAAGUCGAUGAGCGCGUUUUACAGAACAUAACAGAGCAUGCUCAGUCGAGUUUCUUCGGAAGAGCCUCCCGUGUCUGAAGCGUCCAGGCGGUUCAGACAUGACUUCCUGGUUGGUGUGACUCAAAACAUGCCUGGGGAGGAACCGGUCAGCCAAACUCGUUUGUUUUGUUUGAACGUCAGUUGUGUGUUUGUGAAGAGGUGGGCUGGAAGAUGUGGCUGCAGGAGAACAAGAUCACCAGGACACGUGUAGAAACACCAAGGCUUUUAAGGUGGAUGGCUUUGAAGGUGCUAGCUCUGGAAAUCGCAAAGGGAAAUGCAACCACAUUUUUGACUGUUGCUUGGCGACCGUGGUGUGCUGCAGCUCUGUGCAUCCGUCUUUUAACAUGUCAGAGCAGCUCUUCAUUCAGCUUUGAAAGACUUCAUCUCCUCCAUGCAUUUCUGUUAACUCCAUCCCACUCACUUGCAUGUCCUUCCAUUCUGUAUGUUUCUGUGCCUUUGUGUGUGUGCGUGUGUGUGUGUGUUUACCUAUCCAAUAAUGUCAGAUAUUUGACAGAUCAACCUGUCAGUCAAAGCGGUGUGUAGACGUCAUAUCUCGGCUUGAGUGGUCAUCUGUGCAGAAAGCGCCACCUCCUCUCACACAAAAUGUUUUGAUCUCCUAAUGUGGCGGGACUACACCUGCAUGCACAACACGAGGGAGUGGAGCACUCGCAGAGAAAGAGCUAAAACAAUCAAAUCCAACAACUUUUACUGGAAGCAAAGGUUUUACACAUUUAAAACUAUCUCUGAAGAACACUGUUCAACAUUAACCCUUGUGCUAUCCUAGGCACUUUAACAUUAGGAGUGGGGUCAUCAAGACCCACUAGACAGUGCUCUGAACCUUUUUUCUUCAAUGAUUUGUGAUCUUCACUGGUGUCCAUGGAUUACAUGAAAUCUUUCCACCUUUAUCCACCUUUGUCAUGGUAGGGAGAACACGUCAAAGUAAGGGGGGGUAUAUCUAAGAUAGCACAAGGGUUAAUUAUGUAGAAAAUAUAAACCAGUUUAAUACACAUAUAUUUAUUUUAUCAUGAAGGAGCUUUUAUCUUUAUAGCCGAAGUUUCUGUCUUGAACUUACUGAUGUCGUGUUUUCUUUCUUACUUUUUAUGUUCCUUUGGGAAAUGACUCUCUAGCUGGACAGGUGGGGGCCGGUUGUCGCAUUCAGCAGCCUCUUCACUCACAAAUGCAGUGGCGAGGAAGCUGCUCCCAUUCUCAGAAAACACGUCCAUCUUUGUGUUUGAAAUCGGAUUCAAACUCACAAAGACCUUCUAGAAUCUGUGCAUUAGUAUUUUCCAGCUCUUUUAUUUUCACUUCCUGCUCAUGCAAACCUACAUAUGACAUCACAAAGUGCUUUUGAUAGGAUUUCAUUGUCUUUUCAUGUUAUUUUCUGUUGUUUUUCUGUAGAAGUUAAAACAAAAGCCCUCAGAUGGUUGAACACACAUGGCAAAGGAGCAAACAGCAGGAGCGCCGCUCUCCUUUUCAUGGCGUGUGUGCCGAUGCUUCACGUCCGUCUGUCCAUGAGUGUGUCGAUGCAUGAAUCUAAGUCAUUCUGAAAACAGUCUUGGUGUUGGAAAUGUCGUAGUAAAGUGAAUAGCAUUUGAAAAAAUGCCCCAACAUCAUAUGAAAUCUUAUAUAGAUGUUUACAAAGACCAAACUUUUUUUUCUCUCAGAAGUGAAAUAAAAUCUAUUAAAAAUGUG